CUAUCGUCGGCCCUUGUCUUGAGGCGGCUGGGAGGGUCUAUAGUCCACACCCCAGCGUGCCACCGUAGGGGUGUGAAUUGUCCAGCCGCCCCAGGACAGGCGUCCCCGACGGCGGCCAAGCUUGAUGUUGUAUCUUUAUUCGUCCGCUGAAGCAGCCCGAUCAGCACAGGGGUGGACCCAAGCGGUUGUCUGGCGAUCUCGCGGGCCGUUUGCGUUUCGGGCCGCGGCGCCCCAGGCGGCCUCCAGAUCUGACGGAUAUACAAGAUCUUCGAUGCAUCCAGGUUGCCCCCUGUCCUGGCCUCGCUUCACAGAGCCCAGGCGGGGGUGGUGCUCGGGUGCUCGCUUCCGAGGCAUAGUGGAGGAGCUGCUCCGCCUCGGCGCGCGCGUGGCCGCCUGCGCCCGCGACGCGGGCCCCCUCGCCGCCCUCGCGGAGGAGCUGCCGGAGGGCGCGGGGGCGCUGCUGCAGGUGGAGGCAGACGUCAGCUGCCGGCAGGGGCGGCAGAAGGCGCUGGACGCCGUGCUGGAGAAGUACGGGCGCCUUGACAUCCUAGUCAACAACGUGGGCACAAACCUGCGGAAGGCCUCCACCGACUUCAGCGAGGAGGAGUACGACUCGCUCUGCGCAACGAACCAGGGGUCGGCGUUCCACCUGUGCCAGGGCGCCUUCCCGCACCUCGCGCGUGCUGGCGGACGUGGCUGCGUGGUCAACAUCUCGUCGGUCUGCGGCCACACCUCGGACAAUACAGGGGUGGUCUACCACAUGAACAAGGCCGCGAUGGAGCACAUGACUCGCUACCUGGCUGUGGAGUGGGCAGAGGCCAGGGUGCGGGUGAACUGCGUGGCCCCGUGGUUCAUCCGCACCCCGCUAACGGAGCCCAUCCUGAAGGGCCAGUUGCUCGAGGACGUGAGGCGCCAGACACCCAUGGGGCGCGUUGGGGAGGUCGACGACGACGACGACGACGGUGAUGGUGAUGAUGAUGAUGAUGAUGAUGAUGAUGAUGAUGACGACACUAAUGACGAUGAUGACAAUGGCGAUGGCGAGAAUAAUGAUGCUGAUGUUAACGACUUCGAUAACGGCGAUGACGAUGAGCAUCACGAUGACGAUGACGAUGACGAUGACGAUGACGAGGAUCAUUGUGAUGGUGAUGCUGCAGCUGAUGAGGAAGAGUUAUGA